AUGCUGCAUUGCGUACGAAGACCCGAAGGCAAAAUUGACCGACGGCUUAUUGGUCCUCCGACGGAUUUCCGUCACCUUGCACAUAUGGGUUCUGGAGGAAGCACAAGUGUAACUUCAUCUAUAAUUAGUGGUGUUGGACUGGAUGAUUCCUCGUCGCCUUUAGCUCCCAUAACCACUCAUUUAAAAUUAAUUGAUCUAUCCGAAGCUCUCGCCGUUCAUAAUAGUUCUGCAGCAAUGCAUAUUGUUGGUCGGAGUUCACAAAGUACCUCUGACUAUUCUCCUCAACAGACAACCGUCAAGCAGAGAAUUUCGGAUUCUAGCUCUCGGGAACGUCGAAAAUCGUCUUCUGCCUCACGAUUUCUCAUAAAUGGACCUCUUCCGCCGCCCCCACCGCCUCCGCCAUCCGCUCUUAUUACUUGA